CUUGCUCACUCCACAGAGGGCAAAGAGAACUAUCAGAAUGACAUAAAUCACAUGGAGGCUUCUGGAAAGAGAGCGCCUCCCCAAGUACCACAAAAAACAGACAAAGUCUUGAGGAUGAGCAAAGCCCUGAACCCCAGUGCAAUUGCUCCAGGCUAUUCUGGACCACUAAAAGAAGUUCCACCAGAGAAAUUUAACCGAACUGCAAUCCCCAAAGGUUAUCAGUCUCCCUGGGGGAGAUUCUUCUGCAAUGCUGAUCAAGUAGAUGUGGAAAACCAUUUGCCUGAGCCCACAAAAGUGAAUAAUUUGGACCUUAGGAAUUUCAACAGGACUCCUACACCAUUUGGUGGGCCAUUACUGAUUGACGCGUUCCCUGGGUUUGAUGUAGUUGUGCCUCUGGCAGAUGCCAUGAAUGAUGUGAUGCUACUUUCCGAGAGACCCAGCUUCAACAGAGCACCUCAAGGAUGGAUACAGGUUAUGCCUGAAUCAGAGGAUCUGUAGAGACUGCCUCAUAGUUGUAUCUCUUAUCCCAAGAUCAAUGCCUGCUUGACGCCCAGUUAUUAACAAAUAAUUACCAGAAGAGAAAAUUUUAAGUACAAAAUAAAACAAAUCUUCUCACAUCAUGAAAGUAAAAAAUAGCAGCUUUGGCUUAUUGCUUAUUGUUCAAUGCUCCCGCCUGGUGCCAUUUUGACUACAAACUGUAAUAAACCAUAUAGUUCAUAGUAGGAUGAUUGCUUAAAACAAGAAAGUAAAAUCAUUAAAUCCAAAGAACAAAAAACCCAAAACUUUUUAAAACGAACAUAUAUCUAGGGAUAUAUGAGAAAAUAUAGUAUCGUAGUAUAAAAGUAUGCAGGGCAUAUAAAGCCUCUCUCUGAUUGUGUUUACCUGUCCUAUCAGAUCCAGCAGAAGAGGCAAAGCUACAGGCCCCCAUUUAGAGUGCCAUCUGGCAAAAUCCAACAAAAGAGGUUUUCUCUCAUGGUGGCUUGAAAUUAGAUUUGCCCUCAAUACUGGUAGCCUUUCAUACAGCUUUCAUGUCUUGGCUAUUCCAUCAGGAAUAAGGGUUGGAAUAUGUGACAGAGCCUGUAGAAUGAUUCUAAUGAUAGCAAAAUGUUUUUUUUUUUAACCUUGCUGCUGUUUACAGAUUUAUUGAGGUGUUAUUUUUCUUUUGUGAUCUGCUGAUUGCCACUCAGAUCCAUUUCAUUAGAUGGGUAGCUAUCUAAAUUGAAAUUAAACUUAAUAAAGCAGGUUGAAAUGAACUGAAUUUCAU